GAGCGCAGCAGGCCAGCCCUCCCGCUGCCAUGCCCUGAACUCCGGCCCAUGUGAGUGAGUGGAGUGUGGCGGCGGGGCGGCCUGUGUGUGCCUAAUAGGAAAUAGUAAAAGCACUGAGGCAGGUCAGUCGGCGCGCGGGUCGAGCCCAGCCCGGGUCACCCAGCAGCGCGUCCGCCCAGGCCGACGAGUAACUGGGGAGGAAGCGCGGAGUAGCGCGGCGGGCAGUGCGAGGCGGGCCGAGGUUCCGUGGGCCUCUCCUGGCCCGGCGGCGGCGGCGGCGGCGGCUCCUCCUCUCGCGGCGGCGGCGGCGGCGGCGGCUGGUGGGGGUGCUGGCGCCUCCGCUCGCCCCCCGCCCUCCGAUGAGCUCCUACUUCGUCAAUCCGCUCUACUCCAAGUACAAGGCGGCGGCGGCGGCGGCGGCGGCGGCAGGAGGGGGCGAGCCGCCCAUCAAUCCCGCGUACUACGACUGUCACUUUGCGCCCGCCGCGGCCGCCGCCGCCGCCGCCCUGCUGUACGGGAACAGCGCUGCGGCUGCCGCGGCCGCGGCCGCCGCCGCCGCUUCAGGCUUCCCGCCGCCCGGGCCCGGCUCGGGCGGCUCGGGCGGCGGGCCGGAAUACUACCACUCGCCCCACCAGCUGCACCUGGCCGGGGGCAGCCCCUCCGCCUACCAGCCGCCGCCGCCGCCGCCUCCGGCCCCGCAGGCCCCUUGCGCCGGCCUGCCUUGUCCGGGGGAGCCGGCCAAGUUUUACGGAUACGAUAACUUACAGAGACAGCCGAUUUUUACGACACACCAAGAGGCCGAGCUGGUCCAGUAUCCCGACUGUAAAUCGUCCAGUGCUAAUAUUGGCGACGAACCAGAGCACUUAAAUCAGGGCGCGUCUCCUUCUCCAAUGUUUCCCUGGAUGAGGCCACAAGCAGCUCCUGGCAGGCGGAGAGGAAGACAAACAUACAGUCGCUUCCAGACCCUAGAACUGGAAAAGGAGUUCCUUUUUAACCCCUACUUGACCAGGAAAAGAAGGAUCGAGGUCUCCCACGCGCUAGGACUCACCGAGAGGCAGGUAAAGAUCUGGUUUCAAAACAGGAGGAUGAAAUGGAAAAAAGAGAACAACAAGGACAAAUUCCCAGCUGCCAGGCCAGAGGGGAAGGAAGGAGGGGACGCGAAGGAGGAAGCCCACGGGGAUCUAGAAGGCGGAGCGGAAGGCCCUGCGAAGUAAGGUUCGGAACCCUGGCGAAAGACAAUGGAGUAUCUGAAGGUGCUUCUCCUGGACUCCUUUACUACUACUACUACUACUACUACUGCUACUCAGGCACCUUUGUUGCAAGGGUCCUACCUUGUCUUUUAAGCUACCUUAUGACAUUUCUGUGCUAGGUGAGAGUUUAUUUUACUUGUUACUGCACAGGUCUCCCUAGAUGGAGUCUCAGCUGGCAGCGGCUGCAUCAUUCCCCACCCCCCACCCCACAUACACCUUCACCUGGGAUGUGAUACUGGAAAGUGUUGCAAUGUUGUACCUGGGGGUUUCUAGGGGGUGUCUUUUCUGUUCCAAGGACAGACUGCUCAAACCUAUCCAGUGCUUCAGGAAUCAAAUCAACCAAGUGCACUUGUAAUAUCUCUGAAAUUUCCCUUCCCUU